AUGGAAAUAUACAAUAGAUAUACACCAUCACCUGAUAAUACAGCUCCUUCUGCUCACAUUCUCUAUAUACCAUCACGUGAUAAUACAGCUCCUUCUGCUCACAUUCUCUAUAUACCAUCAUGUGAUAAUACAGCUCCUUCUGCUCACAUUCUCUAUAUACCAUCAUGUGAUAAUACAGCUCCUUCUGCUCACAUUCUCUAUAUACCAUCACGUGAUAAUACAGCUCCUUCUGCUCACAUUCUCUAUAUACCAUCACGUGAUAAUACAGCUCCUUCUGCUCACAUUCUCUAUAUACCAUCACGUGAUAAUACAGCUCCUUCUGCUCACAUUCUCUAUAUACCAUCACGUGAUAAUACAGCUCCUUCUGCUCACAUUCUCUAUAUACCAUCACGUGAUAAUACAGCUCCUUCUGCUCACAUUCUCUAUAUACCAUCACGUGAUAAUACAGCUCCUUCUGCUCACAUUCUCUAUAUACCAUCACGUGAUAAUACAGCUCCUUCUGCUCACAUUCUCUAUAUACCAUCACGUGAUAAUACAGCUCCUUCUGCUCACAUUCUCUAUAUACAAUCACGUGAUAAUACAGCUCCUUCUGCUCACAUUCUCUAUAUACAAUCACGUGAUAAUACAGCUCCUUCUGCUCACAUUCUCUAA